GACUCCGGCUUGCCGGCCUUGGGCGGGCUGCGGGCGGAGCCCAAGCGAGCUUUCGCCUAGAUCGCGAACGCCUAGCGAUUGCUUCUGUCUGUAGUGUAGGUAUGGCGCCCGCGAAGAAACCAAAAGGCGGGGGGAGCCCGGGUCGGGGUCUCGCUCUGUGCUGACCGCGACCCAGGGCCGAGUAGGCUAUGGGGGAUCCUGGCUCCCUGGUCACGGAAGGCCGCACUGGUGACCGGAGCUGGUGCUUGCGGCGCGUGGGGAUGAACGCCGAGUGGCUGCUGCUGGAGGAUGGAAACGAGGUGACUGUAGGGCGAGGAUUUGGUGUCACAUACCAGUUGGUAUCAAAAAUCUGCCCUCUGAUGAUUUCCCGAAACCACUGUAUUUUGAAGCAGAAUGCCGAGGGCCAAUGGACAAUUAUGGACAACAAGAGUCUGAAUGGUGUUUGGCUGAACAGAGAACGUCUAGAACCUUUAAAGGUCUAUUCUAUCCAUAAUGGAGAUCACAUCCAGCUUGGGGUGCCUCUGGAAAAUAAGGAGAAUGCAGAGUAUGAAUAUGAAGUUACUGAAGAAGACUGGGAGAGGAUUUAUCCUUGUCUUUCCCCAAAAAGUGACCAGAUGAUGGAAAAAAAUAAGGGCUUGAGAACUAAAAGGAAAUUUAGUUUGAAUGAAUUAGAGGGUUCUGGAGCUGAAGGCCCCUCAAAUUUGAAAUCCAAAAUAAGUAAAGUGUCUUGUGAACCUGGUCAGCCAGUGAAGUCACAUGGGAAGGGUGAAGUGGCUAGUCAACCCUCUGAAUAUUUGGAUCCUAAGUUGACUUCUCUUCGGCUAAGUGGGAAGACCACAGGGGCUCGUGUUGACCCAGGCCCCGCAGAAGUUGUAGAGCUUCAUUAUAAGAAGCAGAAAGCCUCAAAUCCUUCAGCAUCUCACAGCAGCUUAGAGCUGUUUAAGGUAACGAUGUCCAGGAUUCUAAAGCUGAAAACACAGUUGCAGGAAAAGCAGGUAGCUGUUCUGAAUGUGAAAAAGCAGACCCAAAAAGCGAACUCAAAGAAAAUUGUGAAAAUGGAGCAGGAACUGCAGGAUUUACAGUCCCAGCUGUGUGCAGAGCAGGCCCAACAGGAAGCCAGAGUGGAGCAGCUGGAGAAGACUUUCCAGGAAGAGCAGCAGCAUCUCCAGGGUUUGGAGAAAGAGCAAGGAGAAGAGGACCUGAAGCAACAGCUGGCCCAGGCUCUGCAGGAGCAUCAGGCUCUGAUGGAAGAGCUAAAUCGCAGCAAGAAGGACUUUGAAGCAAUCAUUCAAGCCAAGAACAAAGAAUUGGAGCAGACCAAGGAAGAGAAGGAGAAGGUGCAAGCACAGAAGGAGGAAGUUCUUAGCCAUGUGAAUGACGUGCUAGAGAAUGAGCUCCAGUGUAUUAUUUGUUCAGAAUACUUCAUUGAGCAAAGAGACUGUUCUGAAGACCGUACUCCAAGGGCAUUUGAAAGACUGCCAGACAGUGGGAACUUGGGAUGGUCUGGAGGAUUCUCUAUGGACAGGUCAGGGGCCGCUCUGAGACAGAGCAUGGGACAGAGUCACGUGGGACAGAGACUGAGUUAGGAAGUCCUCCGCCACGACCCUCCAUGUUGGCCAUCCCUGCUGCCGCCAUUGUCUGAAGCACCGACUGCUUCAGAGUACUUAAGAGACUCUGCUUCGCUACACUGAACAGGUUAUGUAUCUCUGUUGUGCUUUUUAAGUUUGUCGUUGUUAUUGUUUUGGUACCUCAGAAGCACCUCUGUUGAUACACGUUUUGGGCAGGUUGGGUGUAUCCCUAUGGCUGCCCCUGAAGGCGAAGGCAGCCUCUCUUUGAGAGGAUGGCAUACCUCUUUUUUGUGAAAACAAUGUCAUUUCCUGGAAAUAAAAUAUAAAACCUAUCAGUUGCUCA